AUGAUGCUGAUGAGAAGAAGAUUGGCUUGCUGCAGCAGAGAAAGGGAGAUGAGUGUUGAUUUCGACGAACAAGAUAGGAUGAUUACAUACGACGGCUUGGAAACUUGUAUCAUCAACAACCAAUCAUAUGAAGAAGAUAGUGGAACAAGCCGAGGAGAUGGGUGCCUAACAGAUUCAUUAGAUGAUGACGCCUUUUCAAGCUGUUCAUCAAGCAAAGAUGCCUCCAGCUCUUUUUCUUCAAAAUGGUUACCGAUGAAGAGUGAUGAACACAGCUGCGAUGAUUUGAGCUUAUCCGGAAGGUCCAAACAUUUCGAUGCUAAGGAGAAAAAAACAGGAGGAUUUGUCUACGGCCAUUUGGAUGUGGAAGCCAUGAAGGAGAGAUUUUCUAAGCUGUUACUCGGCGAAGAUGUCACUGGGGGAUGCAAGGGUAUCCAAGUAGCUUUGGCUUUGUCAAAUGCUGUUACACAUCUUGCUAACUCGAUAUUUGGCGAGCUCUGGAAGUUGGAGCCCUUGUGCGAGGAGAAGAAGCAGAAAUGGAGAAGGGAAAUGGAUUGGCUGCUUUCUCCAACUAACUAUAUGAUUGAGUUAGUCCCUUCUAAGCAAAAUGAUGCCAAUGGAAGAUCACUUGAGAUAAUGACACCGAAAGCCCGUGCAGACAUUCAUAUGAAUCUCCCAGCUCUUCAGAAACUAGACUCCAUGCUAAUUGAGACGCUGGACUCAAUGGUGAACACAGAGUUUUGGUAUUCUGAAACCGGUAGUAGAGCUGAAGGGACGAACAAGACAACAAGCGAGAGCAAACGAUGGUGGCUUCCAUCGCCAAAAGUGCCCAAACCUGGUCUCUCCAACUCAGGAAGAAAGAAACUGCUUGACAAGGGCAAAGUUGUUUAUCAAGUCUUCAAAGCUUCAAAGUCCAUAAACGAAAACGUUCUUCUUGAAAUGCCUGUACCUGCCAUUAUCAAGGAAGCUAUACCAAAAUCUGGAAAGAACAGCCUCGGCGACGAACUUUACAGAACGUUGGCUUCGGAAUCAGCCACAGUUGAUGAAAUUUUUAUAUCUCUCAAGCUGAGGAGUGAACAUGCUGCACUCGAGACAGUUAACAAGUUGGAAUCUGCUAUAUUUGCAUGGAAGGAAAAGAUCACAGAGCAAGCCAGCAACGGUAAGUCCCCUGCGAGGACACCGUGGUCGUUCGCUAAGGAUCCAUCGUCUGAAGCUGGUCGAAAUGAGUCUCUCUUGAACCGAGCAGAAGCUCUUAGAAACCAGAUCAAAUCCAAAUACCCUAAUCUCCCUCAGUCGUUUCUUGAUGCCACCAAGAUUCAAUACGGCAAGGACAUCGGUCAUGCGAUUCUUGAAGCAUAUUCAAGAACGCUAGCGAGUUUGGCGUACAGGAUUCUUGCAAGAAUGGGAGAAAUCUUGAAAGAAGAUUCUCUAAGUAAUCCAAACUCUCCUGCGCCACCGAGUUGCUUCCCUAGCUCCCGUGAUCUCUAUAGAACACCUGAGAGGCCUUUGCUUUCUUCACGUGCAAGGCAUUCUCUAACCGAUGACAUGAACAAAGCAUGUGAGACAGAGAGGGGUUUAGAUUUUCUGUUCGCGGAUGGAAAAGUUAGUUCGGUGAAUACAACUCCAAGUAGAAGCAGUAGGUUAUGGUGUCUCAGUAAAGUGCCUCCUGUGCCUGAUGCUUCUCCUUGA